UCCAUCCGUCCAGCCAGUACCUCUGUGGCCCUCGACGUGCCAGUGCCAUGAAGGGCCAGCUCCUCUUCCUCCUCCUGCGCCUCCUGCCCCUCGCCGGCCUCCUGCUGGGGGCGGCGGCGGGUCCGUCCGCGAGGCUUAUUACCGACGAGACGCAAGCUGAGGAGUUCAUGAAGGAAUUGGAUGCCAGAUUUAGCCAUGAAUGUAAUAUGGAAAUGACAGCAAGAUGGGAGUACAUCACCGACGUGACCGAUCCAGGAAAGGAAGACGCAGCUAACGCCGCCGCCGUGAAGUACCUGAGCUUCAAGGGCGAGGCGGCCGCGAACUCCUCGCUGUUCGACUACGAGACCUUCGUCGACGAUCAGCUGUACCGCCGCUUCAGGUUCUUGGCCAAGAAGGGCCCCGGCGCGCUCGACCAGCAGGAUCUCGAGGAGUAUAAGCUCCUGCAGGCGGGGAUGGAGACAAUCUACAGCACAGCCACCAUCUGCGACUUCUACGACGACACUGAGUGCGAUUUGAUGCUCGAACCCGAUAUCGAACUGAUCUUCGCCACAUCCGUCAACUGGGAAGAACUGCGUCAUGCGUGGGUUCAGUGGAGGGAAAAUACCGGAAAAUUGAUGAGGGAGGAUUUCCUUCGCUUCGUUGAGCUUUCGAACAAGGCGGCGACGCUGGACGGUUUCGACAACACGGGCUCCUAUUGGCUGAACGGCUACACGGUCACCCAACGAGAAGCCGACAAGUAUACAGGCGGCCAGGCAUUGGACCAACAGCAGUUCAAGACGAUGGCCGAGCAGGCGUGGCAAACGUUAUCUGAAGGACUCUACAAGAAGCUGCAUGCCUACGUGAGGAUGCGUCUCUCCGAUGUGUACCCCGGCAGGAUAGAUCCUACGGGGCCCAUCCCAGCUCAUAUCCUCGGUAACAUGUGGGCACAAGACUGGUCCAGCAUCGCCCGCCACGUGAUGCCCUUCCCGGAGAUGCCCUCUUUUGAUGUCUCCGAAAGCAUGGUCAAGAAUGGUUGGGACAUCCAGCGUAUGUUCGAUACCGCCGAGGAUUUCUUCAAGAGCAUCGGCCUUUUCCCCAUGACGCAAACCUUCUGGGACAAGAGCGUGCUAAACCAGACCGCGUGGGGCCGCACCAUCGUCUGUCACGCGUCGGCCGAGGAUUUCUGUCUCGGGCCCGACGGGGAGGACUAUAGAAUCAAGAUGUGCACCGAAGUCAACAUGUACGACCUCGUGACCGUGCACCACGAAAUGGGCCACAUCGAGUAUUUCAUGGCCUAUAAGAACCAACCCCAUGUCUUCAGGGAGUCGGCCAAUCCAGGCUUCCACGAGGCGAUCGGCGACCUCAUCUCCCUCUCGGUGAUGACGCCCACGCAUCUCGAAGACGUCCUGGGACUCACGCCCACGAGGAGCCUCCCGCGAGCCUCCUCCUCCUCCGACGGGAAGGAACUCAGCGACGAGGAGAAGAGGGACCUCAACUUCCUCAUGAAGAUGGCGCUGGAGAAGAUCGCCUUCCUGCCCUUCGGCUACCUGCUCGACAAGUACCGCUGGGGAGUCUACGAAGGCAGCGUCAGUAGCGAGAACCUGAACGGGGCUUGGUGGCAGCUGAGAGAGGACCUGCAGGGAGUGGCACCCCCCGACGGUGCCAGGGGCGAGGAGUACUUCGACCCCGGUGCCAAGUAUCACGUACCGGCCAACGUGCCAUAUAUCAGGUACUUCGUCAGCUUCAUCGUUCAGUUCCAGUUCCACCAGCGACUCUGCCAGGCGGCCGGGCAUACGGGUCCUUUGCAUACCUGUGAUAUUUACAACAAUGUAGAAGCAGGACAGAUUCUCAGAUCUGCCCUGGAUCGCGGGUUCUCUCAGCCGUGGCCCGCCGUCCUCCAGGAGCUGGGCGGGUCUUCGGAGAUGGACCCCCAGGCUAUUAUCGCCUACUUUGACCCCCUGAUCCAGCACCUCGACCAGGAGCUCGCCAGCGCCGGCCAGUGCGUGGGCUGGGGAGUUGAUUGUGACGGGGUCAACGAUGAUCCAGCAACACCAGAAUCCUCCACUGAUGCUCCAACAACACCAGAAUCCUCCACCGAUGCUCCCACAACACCAGAAUCCUCCAGUGGCGCUCCCACAACCCCAGAAUCCUCCAGUGGCGCUCCCACAACCCCAGAAUCCUCCAGUGGCGCUCCCACAACCCCAGAAUCCUCCAGUGGCGCUCCCACAACACCAGCAACCUCCACCGAUGCUCCCACAACACCAGCAACCUCCACCGAUGCUCCCACAACACCAGCAACCUCCACCGAUGCUCCCACAACACCAGCAACCUCCACCGAUGCUCCUCCACCACCAGAAUCCUCCAGCAAUGCUUCCCCGCCACCAGAAUCCUCGACCGACGUCUCCACCAGCACCGUGGCCCUCACCACAGUGGACCCCAACGACGAGGAGAGCGCCCGUCUCGCGCUCCAGCAGAUGAACGACGAAAUGACAGAGCUCAUCCGAAACGCCACCUUCGUCGACUGGGAGUACUACACUAACGUCACGGAUGCGAACGAGGCAGCGUCGAACGAAGCCAGCCUCAUGGUGGCCCAGCGGUACAAGCAGCUCCACGCCGAGGUCAUCGAGUACUUCAACUACGAGACUUUCGAGGACGAGGCCCUGAGGCGGCAGUUCGAGCUGCAGAAGACGCUGGGCACCGCGAAGCUCGAUGACGCAGACAUGGCCGAGCUUACCGCCAUUGUCACCGGGAUGACCAACGCCUUCACGAGCGUAGUCUGCCCUUACGAUAAGCAAUCCUGUGAAGAAGCAGAGGGUCUUAACAGCGAUGCCCUUGAGAACGUGAUGGCUGUAAACCGAGAUUACGAGGAACUGAAGUAUUACUGGGAACAGUGGAGGGAGGUUUCCGGGAAGCCCAUAAAGGAAAAUUACACGAGGUAUAUCACUCUUCAAAACAAGGCUGCAGAACUGAAUGAAUUCGAUGACGCCGGGAUGAUGUGGUUAGAACCUUACACCAUUGCGUCUGAAAAUUACACGCAGGAGAGCUUCAAGCAAGAGAUCGAGGACUUGUGGAACCAGACACAAGGACUCUACCAGAAACUUCACGCUUACGUGCUUUACAAGCUUAAAGAUCACUACGAGGAGAUCGAUCCUGAAGCCGAUGUGAUACCGGCUCAUCUUUUAGGCAACAUGUGGGGCCAGAGCUGGGAAAAUAUCUACGAGCUUGUCAAGCCUUAUGACACACCGAUACCUAACCUGGACGAUAUUCUUGAAAGCAACAUCGACCUCGAGGAGGAGAUGUUCGAGAUCGCCGAGGAAUUCUUCACGAGUAUCAACCUCUUCAGUAUGACCGAAGAUUUCUGGGAAAAUUCGCUCUUCAAGGAACCCGAGUUGCCGACGAAGGCCAUCUGCCACGCCUCCGCCUGGGACUUCUACGACACCGAGAACCCGAGGGAGGACGGAAGAUUCAGAAUCAAAAUGUGCACGAACAAGAACCAGGAGGAUUUCAUCGUCAUCCACCACGAGAUGGGCCACACGCAGUACCAGAUGGCGUACAGCGAGCCUACCGACCAGCGCCCUCUGAUCUUCAGGGACGGGGCCAACCCUGGUUUCCACGAGGCCAUCGGGGACACCAUCGCCCUCUCGGUCACCACACCAGCCCACCUCCUCCUCAUCGCCGACCGCCUCACCAACGGAACCUACGGGUUGACCACCGCCGAGUCCACGGAGAUGACCACCCCUACGCCGGGGCAAUCGUCGACGGCAGCCAACGAGGAGGACCAGGGCGCUAGGGUAGACUCGUCCAGCUCCGUGGCCGUGUCUAGUUCCCCCGCCGCGAACUCCAGCCCUUCGUCCGUGGCCAGCGAGACGAGCGGAAGCACCACGGAGGCUACGACUGAAAUGCCUUACUCGGAGAAGGACAUCAACUUCCUCAUGAGAACGGCGCUGGCGAAGGUAGCGUUCCUGCCCUACGCCUACAUUCUGGACCAGUACCGGUGGGAGGUGUUCGCCGAUAACAACGAGGACCUUGAGCUGAACAAACUCUGGUGGGAGAAACGACUGGACAUCCAAGGCCUCGCCCCGCCCUCUCCUCGCUUCCCUUCGUCUGACUUCGAUGUCGGGGCGAAGUACCACGUGCCGACCAGCGUUCCUUACAUCAGGUACUUCGUGGCGCACAUCCUGCAGUUCCAGUUCCACGCCCGCCUGUGCGACGUCUCGGGCUUCGUCGGCGAUAUCUACAACUGCAACAUCUACAACAACACCGACGCCGGGAAUCACCUGAGGACACUGCUGGAAAAGGGCGCUUCAGAGCCGUGGAAGCAGCAGCUGGGAGAAUUCCUUGGAACCGAGGAGGGCAACAUGGACGCCUCUGCCCUUUUGGACUAUUUCAAGCCCCUUGACGAUUUCCUGACGAACUUCUUGGAACAGAAUGAGAUCACGCCCGGUUGGCGCCAGGGCCAGGUGGAGAGUUACAUGCACGACGAGCGCGUUCAGAUCCCGGCCACCGUGCCUAUCGUCGUCGGCAUCGUCCUGGCCGUGAUGGUGGUCAUCGUGAUCAUCGCCUAUUUCGUCGGUCGCUCGAGACAGAAGAAGAAGGCGAAGAAGAACAAGACGCCCGCUCAGGUCCCAGGCGAGAACAUCGAGUUGGGUCAGCAGAAGACCGAUUUGUAAGCUGGUAGGGGGUGGGAGAGGGGGAAGGAAGGGGAGAGAAGGGGAGGGGAGAGAGAGAGAAAAGAAAGAAAAUGAAAAAUGAAAAGGUUUCGUCGUUUUAUUAUUAUUGUUGUUAUUAUUAUUAUUUUGCGUGUGUCUCUCCUUGAAAAGAAGAUUUUCGUUUUCUCUGAUUUGGUAUUAAUUUGUUUUUGAAGGGUAACUAAGUUGUUAUUUCAUCCUCCCCCCCCCUUUUUAUUAUUAUUAUUAUUAUGAAAGUUUUGUUUUAUUUCUUCUAAAGUAAACAUUUACAUUAUCAUCUCCUUAUGAAAUUAUUAUAUAGAUUUUGUUUACUUUUGUUUGUCUUUUAUUGUCUCGUUUCAGAUUUUAAAAAUAACUCAAAGAACAUUAUUGGCAUUUUUUAUUAACAUAAAAUUCGUAUAUAAUGAGACAGUGAUAUAUAUACAUAUAUAUACACAUAUAUACAUACAUAUAUAGAUAUAUACAUAUAUAGAUAUGUCAUUAGACUUCUCAUAGAUUCGAAUUUUAGAAAAAAUAAAAUGGUAAUGAUUUUAUAAAGAAAAUAUAAUCAGAAAGAUAUGUAAAUAUUUCUAUAGUGUGUGUUCAGAAGACGGGAAGAGAGCACUGUUAUAAAAAAAGAAAAGAAAAAAAAAAGUAUAUUUAAUUUCCUUUGUAAAAUAAUAACUGGUAUUUUCUGCAACUGUGUAUUGUAUUUUCCCCGUAUGUGUGCAAUAAGCUUGUUUGGUGAUGUUCAGAUUUUAAGACAAGUAGACUUUGAUAGAUUAGUAUAAUGAUAAUGAUGAUGCUGUUGGUAAUGUCAAUGAAAAUUGAAAUAAUGGAAUAAUGAUAAUAAUGAUAACAGCAAUGAUGACGAGGAUAAUGGUAAUAAUAGUGAAACAGUAAUAAUUACUAUUAUUACAACUACUACUAGAUAUGACAAUGACAAUGAUGCUACUAAUACAACUACUACAAAUAGUAGUAAUUGUAAUAAUAAUGAUAAUAAUGUCGACUACAUACCGUGAGCAAAAUGCUGGUUAUUUUCUUUUCUUUUCAUUGUUUAGCGUCGUUUUUUUUCAGUUACAUUCAUAUAUAGAAUUUCAGAUUUUUAUAUCAUGGUUUGUUGUUGCUGUUAUUAACAUUACAAUUGUUAUCGCUGUUAUUAUUAUCAAUGAUGAUUAUCAUUAUCAAUAGUGUUACUAUUAUCAUCCUUAUUAUUAUGUUAUUAUUAUUAUCCUUAUUAUUGUUAUUAUCAAUAUUAUCAUUAUCAUCAUCAUUAUUAUUAUUAUCAUUAUUAUUAUUACUACUACUACUACUACUACUACUACUAUUGUUGUCAUUGUUAUUAGAACUAUUACUCCUGCCACAUUUUUGGUUAUUAUAAUUAUUAUUUCGGUUGACCGGUUGUUUGCAGUGCUAACAGGGGAUCUAACUGUUAAUAAUAUGUAUUGAUAACUUUGCCAUUUCUUAUAAUAAAGUUUUAUUCCUAAAAAAA